CAAGAUCAUGCAGGCGGCGCUGAACGAGCAGCAGCACCGGCACGCCGCCUACGAUGGGCUGGACGACUUCGUCGAGCGGUUCGGCGCACGGCCGUCCGGCUCCGACGAGCUGGAGGACGCCAUCGACUUCAUGGAGCAGACGGCUCGGCAGGACGGCUUCAGGGUGCGCACGGAGGAAGUCAUGGUGCCACAUUGGGUGCGCGGCGAGGAGACGCUGCUCAUGCUGCGGCCGCGCCGCAAGAGCAUGUCCAUCCUGGGCCUGGGCACCACCAUCGGCACGCAGCAGUACCCGGGAGGUGUGCUCAAGGCCGAGGCCGUAGUGUUCAACAGCUUCGAGGAGAUGGAGAAGGCCGGCAAGGCCAAGGUGUCUGGGAAGAUUGUCGUCUUCAACGCUCCGUUGGAGACACCAAGGACCUUCCCAUAGACCGCUACAGGGAGUCGAACGAGUACC